AUGUCAGCCUCAGCAGCGAUGAAAUUGUUUGAAAAGGCAAUCAGCCUCGAUGAGGCACAACAAAUGGAAUUCGCUUCCAAAAUUGAUAUCAUCAUUGAUACAUUUCCACCUAAAUUUAUUUCAACCGAAUUUUAUCCUUUUCUUACAACAUGGAUUCCUAAAAAUAAUCUCAAAAUCGUACGUAUUCUCGCCGACAAAGUAAAUAAAAUGAUCAGCGUCAAUGAAUCACUUGUUGCUUUUGCACCAGUCUUAGAAACGAUUCUUGCUUCAGAAAACCAAGAAAUUAGCAAGCGUAUCAAGACCAAUCUCAAAUCUGUUACUCUUGGUGGUGAUGCUCUUGGAUUUUUCAAGAAACUCGUUUCAUCGCCAAUAGAUUACGUCAGAGCUUUCUGCGCUCAGAUAUUAUUCUUGCUUCAACCAAUCGAAGAAAAGGUUGUUAUAUGCCAGAGUCUUAUCUGUGAUCCUGCUUUCAAAGUUCGCUUUGCCUUGGCAUCGAUCAUCGCUACACUUCCAGUAGACCUCGCAAACAAUGUUGCCAAGGCCUUCUGUAGCGAUUCUUCAUCAAGAAUCAAGGCUUUUCUCCCCGUUGUUUGCGCUCCUUUACCAUUCUUCUUCACAUCAGUUGUCCCAGCUCUUAUAUCAGACCAUGAUUGGUAUAUCCGUGCUUCCAUCGCUAAGGAGGUCAGCCGCGCUAAAGAUAUCGCUACAGCUAUUAAUGUAGCUUAUCCUUUGACAGAAGAUUCUGUUUGGCAAGUUGUUUUAUCUGCUUUAACAAGCUUUACACAAAUUAUCAAAGAGAAUCCUAACGUUCCAUUUGAAAAUGGACAAAGAAUGCUCGAUAACUUAUUCAGAACUUUACUUUACCCACAAGCAUCAACAAAGAAUGCAUCAAUCGAUGCCUUCUUUGCACUAAAUGCUCGGUAUCAAUUCGAUUCGGCCAAUAUAAUGAAUUUUGUCGAAGAAGUCAUUACACGUCAGCCACCAACAACUCGUUUACACUUCUUACAGCAACUGUGCGCUUUACGUCUCGAAUCUAUCAUCGCUCUUAUCACAGACAAGAUACAUGCCGUUGUAGUUUCUCUCAUGUCCAGUGAACAGUGGAGAAUAAGGCUCGGCGUGGUCUGCGCACUCUCAUCCCUCGCUACCCUCAACAGAGAUCCAAACGUACGUACAAAAUUCUCCGAACUUUGCUUACAGUCAUUAGAUGAUGAAUCCACGCCCGUAAGAACCGCCGCGGCCGAGGAACUUCUUCAGUGCUACCGUGCGUCGAACCCGUCACAGCUCUUCCCUGAGUGCUAUUUCACACUUAAAAGCAGUGAUUCAUUCAGAAAACGCCAGGCUGCACUUAUCAUCUUAUCAAAUAUCGGAAAAGCUUGCCAGCCAGCUGAAGUGGCUCAGGUUAAGGCUGAAAUGCAGUCUUUCCUUAACGACAAAUGCGAUAAUGUUGUUAACAUGGCUAAUAAGUUCAUAUCUGAACUUCCAUGA